AUGGCAACAGAGCAAACUGCAUCUCGCCAUCUCUGCACCUCUGCACCUCUGCGCCUCUGCACCUCUGCAUCUCCGCAUCUUAUCUCAAUUUCUGCCACCCGAUUUGAGACAGGGCGCGGAGUCAUGGGCCUAUGGUCCAAGAAUGAUUCAAGAACGUCGCCCGAUUAUUUGACCUGCAUUCCAAAGGGAACAGAUGUUCUCAUGAUCAAGAUGCUCGACACUCCACGCUCGAUGCUCGACGCUCGACGCUUGACGCUCGACGCUCGUCAUGUCCAAGGUACAAGGCCCCAGUUUAGCCACAUAUAUCCAAGCCACAAGCGGGGUUGUGGUGCGGUGCGUGGCAGCAGUGGUGGUCUGAGCUUGCUCAGACGAGGCUGGAGCGGAGCGUUCCUGCUGCCAACUUCCCCCCUCUAUCAAAUAUCGUACCUUGUCAACCUUCCCUUCAGCAUGGUUAAGCGAUUGCUCCCGCGAGCCAUAAGGAAACGCCUGAGUGGGAGCCGCAAGACCGAUCGCCGCCUUUCGCUCCCCGACUCGAGCACCACCAGCCUCGAUCCCUCGUCGCCCGGCUCGCAACCGCAAACCCCGACACUGCCCUUUGGGUCCGUUAGUACCAUCAGUACCGGCAAUCCAAGCCAAUCGAGCGUCUUCUCCACCUCCAACGACGCCGAUGCCUCCGACGAGUCCAUCGAGCCCAACCGGCUCUGGGCUGACCCCGUCGUCGAGGUCUACGGCAACAUCGUCACCCCGGGCGGCCGCGGCUGCUCCAUCCAGACCUACGACGUGGCCAACCGCCGCUGGUACCGCCUCGACCUCGACUGCACCGUGAUGGGCGACGAAUGGAUCGCCCGCCUGGUCGAGAAGCACAUCCGAGCCUACUACAACCGCACCCGCUCCCUCCCGCCCUGGAACACCAUCCGCACCACCGCCCGCGGCAGCCCCGUCGUCUACAGCACCCAGCCCUACGCCAGCGUCGCCCACCCGCUCACCCGCACCCUCCACUACGGCCAGGAGCCGGGCGACCGCUUCCGCACCGUCCCCUGGUCCGACGUCGUCGAGAAGCGCCACCUCAGCCGGGGCACCGACUCGUGCCGCUGGGACAACAAGAACUGCGUCUUCAAGCGGAUCGAGUUCGACUCGGACGCCGCCAUCAUCCAGCGCGCCAUCCGGGUCCGCGAGGACCUCGUUGCCCGCCUCGAGGCCGACCCGGACCCCAAGAACCCCAACGCCCCGACCGACAUCUUCGCCGAGAUGGAGCGCCGCCUCCACGUCGUCCCCAUCCUGGCCGUCGUCGUCCGCGACGAGGCCACCCCGGGCCCCUGGCUCCCCGGCUCCGUCGCCGGCGUGCUCAUGCCCAACGCCGGCAUCAGCCUCGACCGCCUCGCCGACCGGGGCCCCCUCCCCGUCACCGAGGCCCAGCUGCGCGACCUCACCCGCGGCGUCCGGGAGCUGCACAACCUGGGCGUCAUGCACGGCGACAUCUGCGACUGGAACGUCACCAUCCAGACCCCGCUGGGCGGCGUGGCCGCCUACUCGCGCGGCCGCCUGCUGCUCGUCGACCUCGGCAACGUGGCGCCCGAGUACGAGGGGGACGCGAAGAUCCUGGGCCGCCUCAUCUCGUGGGUCCUCGCGCACUCGCAGAUUCGGGACCGCGAGUCGCAGGCUCGUCUCGAGGAGGCGGCUCGUAUCCUCCGGGAGGACGGGGACCUGGAUCGCGCCCUGGGGGCCAUGGCGGCCUAG